AUGGUGUGUUUCAGCCUCAUUGCUGUUCAUGUUAGCACCGCCGAGAUCGACCUCGAGACCGCGGUCGGUAUAUGGUUAUUCGAUGAAGGCAAAGGGGGUGUCGCUACCGACCUUUCUGCAGAAGGGAACGACGGAGAACUGAUGAAAUUCCCGGAAUGGGUAAAAGGCAAGUUCGGGACAGCCCUCAAAUUCGAUGGGAAAGCCAGCUGUGUCUCGACUGGGCAGAAACUCUUGGAUAGUCUGGAAGAGUUCACUAUUCUCACUUGGGUCCAGACCGGCAAAGUUGCCGCGAACCGUAUUGGGCUCGUCGGACAGAACGACUCCCCGGAGUUCGGCUUUAUUGACCCGAAUUCUGUCAACCUCUGGACACCCACCGCAGGUGGAACAACCAAUCCUUGGAAAUUCAAACACGAUAAUGGUGACUGGCACCAUGUCGGGUGUGUCGCUACGACAGACUACGUCCACGUCUAUAUCGAUGGGGAGUACAUUGAGAAAAAAGGUGGUUGGGCAAACCACGGUGCCUCCGCCUUUAACGUCAAUAUCGGUGGGUGUGGUGUCUGGGAUGCAAAUGGCAACUUUUUUCCAGGCGCAAUGGACGAAGUCGCUAUUUUCCACUCGGCACUGGAACAAGAAGAUGUUCAGGUGCUGAUGGAGGGAUUUCAGCAAUAUUUGGCAGUCGAUCCUGAAGGCAAACUCGGUACAACAUGGGGCCAUAUUAAGUCAACUCACCAUUUCAGGUAG